AUGGCAACUAUUGGUUCGAUAUCUGCUAAUCUGAAUUCGGUUCCGGUCCUUGAUGGAACAAAUUUUAAGGACUGGAAAGAGAACAUGGAAAUUGUUCUUGGCUGCAUGGAUCUUGACCUUGCACUAAGGGUGGAGAAACCCGCUUCUCCUACGGAAUCUAGUACCUCUGAACAGAGGAAAGAUUAUGAGAAGUGGGAUCGCUCCAAUCGCAUGAGUCUUAUUAUCAUUAAGCGCGGCAUUCCUGAGCUCUUUAGGGGUACUAUCUCGGAAGAGAUAAAAGGUGCCAAAGAUUUCCUUGCUGAAAUUGAAAAGCGCUUUGCAAAAAGCGAUAAGGCGGAAACAAUCAGUUUAAGAUAUCUUAUAACUGUCAAAAGGAGAAAUGGUCUCUUAACGAGCUCAUUUCAUUUUGUGUGCAAGAAGAGGAAAGGUUGA